AUGCCCGAAUCUCCUCUUCCUGCUGCUACAGCAUCUUCAGCACCCGCUCAAACUGACAAUACAGAUGCCCUGGCCACAAGCCUCGCUAGCAUGAGCGUUGAGGCCGGUUCUCAGAACCAUUCUGGGACCCAUACCCCCAUGGCACCAACUCUAGCCGAUGAUGUGUUCGGCGAUGCGGCCGUUACUUACGUUGGUGGAGGGUAUGGGGGUUAUCUGCCUCGACAAGACAGAGUGAGGGCCGGUCCAAGUUCGUCAAAUGCACAAGGGUUAUAUCCUCCAAGCGCUCUGCUCUUUGUGGCAAACCUAUCAAGCCAUCGCACAACUGAGCAAUUGGAAGUCUCGUGUCAGCAGAUUUUCACCGUCUUCGGGCCAUGCUUCGUCAAAGUUCGCCUUGAUCGGAACAAGCACCCAUUUGCAUUUGUACAAUACGAGAAUUCUGAUGACGCAGCUGCAGCUGUGGAAGGUUCAUUGAACUUGAACAUUGAUGGACGAAGAAUUCGGGUCGAGCGUGCUAAAGCCGAACGUGCUGUCAUUCUGUCCAAGAUGAACGGUGACAUAGUCACAGAAGAAGAAGCGCGUCGAAUGCUAGAACGUUUUGGUCCUAUUGAGCUCAUGGCUCCCACUCAGAGAAUGGACCAUCCACGCAAUAACCUCCAGGGCGCAAUAAGCCUGCUAACGGUCAUCAAGGGCUUUCCACAUCAUACCUCCGGCUUUGUCUUGAUUCUUGCACCUCCUCUUGAACCUCGAGUUCGUUACAACAAGACAGGCAGCCCGAUUGUUCGUGGAUUCACAACCCCUAGAUCUGCUGUUGAUCAGAAGAGCAUCUUUGUGGGCAAUCUUCCUGAAGGUACAACUCGCCAGGAUCUACACACUUUAUUUGAGGACUUUGGAACCAUCAUUCAGGUCAAUGUCAUUCGAAAGGUCUUUAGCGAUGAUGCUGUGAACAACUUUGGAUUCGUGGAAUUCAGUACUGUUCAGGAGGCAGAGCAUGCCUCUAACAUCGAGAGAACAUUCAAAGGUGUCAAACUUCGUGUUGAGCCCAAAGAGUAUUCGGCCAGACGAGGCCCGCGAACCACUUACAUCCCAGCAACGCCAGCGCAUACCAGCACUCCACGGGAUCCCUACGUCGACCUUGGAUACCUCAAUGCCCCCCGCCUCAACUUUGCUCAACCAAUCUUUGAUCCCGCGGUUGCGAUGGCACAAGCUCAGGGCUUUCAUCUCGGCGAACCUAACAACCCAUUGCACGGCUUCAAUCCGUUCGCACCUGGUCCGUUUGCGACUCCUCCACACAGCAAUAUCGAACGCAUGGGACGCAUGGGCUUGUUCUCACCGACUCCGAGUCACCACAUGAAUCCAUUCAACCCAGUGAUCGCUCCGCCUGGUCCACAGUACGCCGCUCAACCAUUCGGCACUGCCACGUUCAUGAACCCGAUCCAGGAAGCCGAGGGCGAGGAUUACUAG